GGUUUGAGGUUUGAGAAAUAUUUGUAAACAAAAAUAUGGGCAUAUUUUCAUUUUCAUAAAAUUGAAUUUUUUCGAAAAUUCAUAAUCAUGGCAUUUUUUGAGUGGAGAAAAUUUCACUUUUUUGAUUUGAAAAGUGAAGUAGAUGAGGGAAAAAUUAGUGAAUUGUUUAAGGAAAAUAAAAUAACUACUACUUCCAGUGGCAACAACCACUUAGUAUUAAGUGAUUCACUUGGUCAGAUUUAUCUGAUUACUAGAUCUUGGCAUGUUAUCAGCUUUAGAAGUUACGAAAUUUGUGUAGAUCUUUGUCAGCAGUUGAGGAAUUCUCCAUUACUGGUUACAGUUGGUCAAGAUGAGCCAGGAGUCAAUCCAUUGAUUAAAGUUUGGGAUACCAGUAGAUUAGACAAAAAUGGCGUUCCUUACUGUUACAGAAUCACUAGAGCAAUACCUGGCAACAGACCAGUACAAUCCAGUGCUUUAUGCGUACAUGAAGGUUUACAAUUGUUGGCAGUAGGGUUCAUCGAUGGAUCCCUAACUCUUUAUAGAGGUGACAUUACGAGAGAUCGCAGUUCAAAACAAAAAGUAUUCAAAACAUCGAACUCUGUUAUCACAGGACUAGCGUUCAAAUCUACAGCAGCUAAUGUAUAUUUAUUUGUUGCAACAGAGUCUUCAGUUAUUGUCUACAAUAUCUCACAGAAGGAUAAGGAACAGAAGUAUCAUUUGGAUAAUAUAGGCUCUGGCAAGAAAUGCAGCGUGCUUGCAGAAUCUAUGCAAGAAAGUCAUUUCAUGAUAGGUAGAAAUGAUGCAAUUUACUGUUAUACAUCUGAUGGAAGAGGUCCUUGUUAUGCUGUAGAUGGUGAAAAGGUAAUGCUAGAAUGGUUCCGAACGUACCUUAUUAUAAUAUCCAAAGUUACACGUUCUUCAACCAUCACGACAAUGACUAAUGAAGUUCAAAAUGCUGCUGAAUGCAACCUCAUAACCGUCCUUGACAUACACAAUAAAUUCAUCGUAUUUUCCACAACAAUGCCGAAAAUAAAGGCAGUUUUCAGCGAAUGGGGCGCCUUCUAUAUUAUCGACGAGGAUAAUAAGCUCUAUCAUCUGGACGAAAAGGAUUUACAAUCGAAGUUGUCUCUUCUGUUUAAGAAAAAUCUGUAUGAUGUUGCAAUACGUAUUGCCAAAUCCCAACAGUAUGAUUCAGAUGGAUUGGUGAAUAUUUUCAAGCAGUAUGGGGAUCAUCUAUGUGAUAAAGGUGAUUUUUCCGGCGCCAUUGAACAGUAUAUAAAAACAAUAGGAAAACUAGAACCGAGCUAUGUUAUUCGUAAAUUUCUCGACUCCCAGCACAUAGAAAAACUGACGCUGUAUCUGCAAGCCUUGCACAAACAAGGUCAUGCCACAGAGGAUCACACGACAUUGCUCUUGAAUUGCUAUACAAAACUCAAUAAUACUGUGGGCGGCCAGACUGAUAGCUUGAAGGAGUUUAUUAUGUCCAAAGAUGGCGAUUUCAGUUAUGAUGUGGACAUUGCCAUCAAAGUAUGCAGACAGGGAAGCCCAGCAGAAGCCCUAAUGCUUGCAAGAAAGCAUGAAAAACACGACUGGUACAUUAAACUCCAGAUUGAAGAUCAUCAAAAGCACAACGAAGUCCUUGAUUAUAUUUCCAAUCUGAAAUUCGAAGAAGCAGAACAUUACAUGAAAAAAUACGGAAACAUACUAAUAGAACAUGUACCAGCUGGAAGCACUGAACUUCUUAAGAGGCUGUGCACCAACUAUAAACCUAUGAAUGCUCCUAUAAUUUCGGAAAACAUGAUAACGGGAAAUUUUGAUGUUACGGUCAAGUCAGAUCCUGAAGAAUUCAUUCACUUAUUUCUCAAUAAUUCUGAAAGGCUGGUGGAGUUUUUAGAGCAUCUCAUCACAGAAGGAUGUAUUUUGAGUACAUUGGUAUACAAUACUCUGCUUGAGCACUAUCUUCACGUUUGGUCUAACCUGGAAGACGACUCUGAUAAGUAUAAGCUAUCUCAGAAAAUGUUGAAGCUACUCCAAAAUCCUGACGUCAAGUAUGAUAAAGCCCAGGCUUUAGUGGUAUGUCAUAUGCAUUUCUUCAGAGAAGGCAUUCUGUAUUUGUUAGAAGAGCAAAAAUUGUAUCAGCAAAUAUUGAGAUAUCACAUUUCGAAGAACGAUACCAACUCGGUAUUAGCUUGUUGCAGAAGAUUUGGUCAUCAAGAACCAACUCUAUGGUUACAAGCUUUCUGGUCUUGUGUCCGAGACACCAAAAAUCCUGCUAUGGACUUGUUGAAUGAGAUACUCACUGUCAUAGCGAAAGAAAAGUUAUUUUCUCCACAACUAGUCAUCGAUGCCGUAGGUACAGGAAAUGCUGAAAUAACUUUGGGGCACAUAAGGUCGUAUAUUACAAACGAGAUACAGCAGGAACAGAAGAAAACCAAAGAGAUUUCGGAACUAACGCAAAAUUACAGAAAAGAUAUUCAUAAUCUCAAGGAACAUCUUGAAAAACUCAAGGGUGGUGUUAUAGAGAUCAGAGGAUCAAGAUGUGCAGCUUGUCACCAUACCCUAGAAUUACCGAAAAUUCACUUCCUCUGCGAUCAUAGCUUUCAUCAACAUUGUUUCCAGAGUUUCUCAGAUGACGAGAAUGAAUGUCCUACAUGCCAACCAGAAAAUAAGAAUCUCAUCGAGCUGCUGAGAGCUAGAGAGUACAAUAAAGACCUACACGAAACAUUUCAUUCACAGCUGGAAAAAGCACAUGAUGGAUUUUCUGUUGCUGCGGAAUAUUUCGGUAGAGGUGUCUUCAAUAAAUACAAGGUAAUUACCGAUGAAUCAACGCAAAAAAGUGUUAGUGUUCCUGACAAGAAGAUAGACACUCAAAAGAAAAUUAAGCAACCUGAAAAGGAAGUUAGAAGUUAUGGUGCUGGAGCUGAAGCUCGAAUGCGACAGACUGAGGUCAAGAGUAAACCUGGUGCUGUACCUAUUUCAGAAGGUAGAAUGAGAAUACAAGAACAUAGGUACAGUACCUCUUUGGAAGCAAACAUGACUCGUUUUGCCAACCCAAGAAGUGUAGAAACGAAAUCUGGUGUUGCAAUAUCCAAAAAUCCCUUUGAGGAUGAUUAUGAUGACUCAAAGAAUCCAUUCGGAACAGAUGAUGAUGAUGAGUCAGAUAAGAAUAAUCCUUUCAGAGAAGAUAUGAACUGUGAUAAAAAUUUCAAUCCUUUUUCCUAAUUGGUAUAUAUAUAUAUUGUAUUCAAAUAAUUAAAGAAUAAUAUAUUGAUAUUAUUGUCAAUGACUUUCAUAUUAAUGUUAAGUUCUGAAAUGAUUUUCGGCAAGAAAUUGUGCUCAGUAUAAAUAUAUGACUA